AGCUUUAAUACGGAAACCUCGACUUUUAAUAUUAGACGAGGCUACAUCGGCUUUAGACGUGGAAAGCGAGAGGGUUGUUCAACAGACGAUUGACGAAUUGCUCGCAGCAGAGAAACGCAGCACCAUCAUAAUUGCCCACCGACUUUCUACUGUGCGGAAUGCAGACAAAAUCGUGGUUCUGACAAACGAGGACAGGAAAGGAAGCCGAGUGGCGGAGGUGGGAACCCACGACGAGUUGAUGCAGAUUAAGGGGGGCCUAUACAGAACGCUUGUUGGGCUGGCAUCAAUGCAGGCUAAGUAA